AUGACGGAGCUGUCGGGCAAGCAGGACAUUGAUAUCGUAAACUCAUACUUCGCCGCCUACCAGAGCGGCCAAUAUGACCGAAUAACACCCUUCCUCCACCCCACCUUCACCUUCUCAGACCCAUCCUUCCCCACGCCCACCCCGCAGCGCUCCCGCGCCCUCUUCGCCCUCUUCUGCGCAACCAUGGCCAAGUCCGAGCUCCGCCUCGUGCCCACGCCGGCAGAGCCCGCCCCCGACGGCAGCGGGUUCGUGGUGCGGUACACGUGCGACUAUGUCUUUGGCGCCGACAAGCGGAAGGUGCACAACGACGUUGUGGCGAGAGUGACGCUGUGCGAAGGGAUGGUGGGGCGGCAUGUGGAUGUGUUUGAUGUGGGCGUGUGGGGGAAGCAGGCGCUGGGGUGGUGGGGGGUUGGGUUGGGCGCGUGUGGGGUGCUGGAGGGCGUGGUGAGGUGGUGGGCGGGAGGGUGGUUGGAGAGGUGGUGUGAAGGGGAGGAGAGUGAGGGGGUGGAGGGCGAAGGAGGGGGAGAGGGGGAGAGGGGGGAAAGGGAUGUUGUGGAGGGGGGGCAGUGGGUGUUUGUUAAAUAG